AGCGCCACAACAACAACAAAAGAAGGAGCAGCAGUCGGGGGACGGAGGAGGAAACGGACUGAAAGGGGGAGAAAGAAGAAAAAGGAGUAGAAGCUGAAGCACACUGUGACUCCCGAUGAACAAUCCUUAAAUUAACUCUUUUUAUAUUUUAUUUCUUCCGAGAAGAAACCGCAAGUUUUUCUAUUUUAUCGAAAAGGAUCCAUCUACCUCAGUUUAAAGGAUUUUAACCCGUUUACAUCCUCCCUCCCUCCCUCCCUCCCUCUCUCUCUCUCUCUCUCUCUGCCGCAGGGCUCGUUUUGUAUUUUUGCACUCGUUGAUCCGACCCUGCCGUUGAGCGAUGUCCAGCCUCAGAUGAUCCAUGACCACACCUUAUUGAUGCACUUUAGCACCUUUCCGGAGCCUUCCUGCCGCCGUGAACCCCGCAGCUGAUGACCAAAGUGUGCGCCACGCCUCCCCGCCGUCGCCCCGAGCCACGCGCCUCCCCCAGCCCCUCCCUCAGCCUCAGGCCCCCCCAGGACGCCCAGGGAUGUUCCAGAGGUUUGCCAGCGCUCUGUUCGGGGACGACGUGGAGGAGCUGAGUCGAAGCAGCAGACCCGGAGACGGCAAAGAGGAAGAAGAGGAUGAUGAAGACUGGAUCCUGGUCAACUACCUGGCUGAAGCCUGCUCCGCUCAGUGUGGCGACGGCCUCUCUGGAUCCACUGUCAGCCCUGAGGAAGAGGAGGAGGAAGAGGAGGAGGAGGAGGAGGAGGACCUGGUGAUGAUCCCCUCCCCCAUGGCCAGCCCCCCAGUCCGCUACGCCUCCUGCACCUCCCUCAACUCCACAGCCGACACCGACCCAGACGGCGGGGCGGAGGAGGAGGAGGAGGAGGAGGAGGACGACGACGACGACGAAGAGGAGAGCGGCUUCCUGCGUCUGGACGUCGGCUCUCUGGAGGAGAGCUGGUUCGUCACCCCCCCGCCCUGCUUCACCGGCCGUGGCAGCAAGCCCGUCCUCCUGGAGACCAGCCCCCUGGAGAACCUGCUGAUCGAGCACCCCAGCAUGUCCGUCUACGCCCACCGCAGCCCCCCCAGACUGACCCUCGACCCCCUGCCGCGCUCCCUCGACCUGGAGCUGGGCUUGUUGCCUGGAAACAUGCCCUCGGCCCCGACCGCCUCCGGUGGGAAGGAGAAGGGCAGACGCACUCUGGACGGCCCUCGCCACAGGCCGGAGGUAGCCGUCGUCCAGCGUCGCUCCAGCCUCCACUCCGCCUGCUACGCUGCGGCGCUCUCCGCCCGCAACGGCCUCCUGCAGCAGCGGUCGGGUAACGCCACCCAACGCACCCAGCCGCUGUCCCGCAACGCCCUCCGACGACUCAACCUGCUGCGCCCCCCGAAGGCCAGCACCGCGCACCUGCACCAGCCCAGCCAGAGACACCUCAACUUCUGAGGUGUCACGGCAACUUCAUCUUCAUCAUCAUCAACCUCGAUCCGCUAAGCAGUAUGGGAAACUAACACUGGCCCCACACACACACACACACACACACCUCUGCUUUUAAUCUUCUCAAUAAAUCAACACCAGCAACAACCGACCAUCAUCAGCCACCAGUUACACCGAUCUGAAAGCUGAUUGGACGGUGAAAUAGGGAAAGUGGCUGAUUUUUGUCAUGUGGCCAGUGGGUGAAAAGUUUCUCACCUUCCCUCCUCAUCCUCCUCUUCAUCCUCCUCAUCCUCCAUAUUGAUUCUGAGAGGAGAGGACACGUCCCUCUCCUCCUCUGUCAUCCAUGUUUUACUCUGG